CAAGACCAUCCUAUCUUCUAUAUACCUCGCAUCUGUCAAUUACCCCAGUAUACUCUAAACACUUCACCAGAAUGACCUCUUAACCUGUUCGAGUACAAGAGAGAUGCCAAUCGCGGCGCUCCCACCAACAACCGCACGGGCAAUCGGCUCGGCGUCUGUCAUCUCCGACCCCUGCUCAAUUGUCAAGGAGCUGUUGGACAACGCCCUCGACGCAUCGGCUACUUCGGUGACCAUCGAGAUCUCGCAGAACACCGUUGACGUAGUGCAAGUCAAGGACAACGGGACCGGCAUCCCCUGCGAAGACCACCCAUUCGUCUGCAGACGCUCCUUCACCAGCAAAAUCCAGACCGUGGACGAUCUCCGACAUGUCGGAGGAACAUGGCUGGGCUUCCGCGGCGAAGCGCUCGCCAGUGCUGCCGAAGUCUCCAGCAGCGUGGUCGUGACCACCAGGGUUGAAAGCGAGUCGGUCGGCUACGUGCUCAAGUAUGGUCGAGACGGGGAACUGAUCAGAACGCAGCGCGCGGCGCACCCGGUGGGAACGACCGUUCGCAUCGCGGAUCUCUUCAUGCACAUCCCCGUGCGCCGGCAGACGGCCUCGAAGAACGCCGCCAAGACCCUGGGCCGCAUCAAGAAGCUGGUCCAGGCCUAUGCCUUGGCGCAGCCUGCGAAACGAUUGUCCCUCAAGGUCCUGAGGGCGAAGAACGAGAGUAACAACUGGAUGUACGCGCCAGGCAAGGAUGCGACUCUCUCGGACGCCGUCUUCAAGGUGGUGGGUAAGGACGUGGCCUCGAACUGUCUGGUAACGGAAUGGGGAGAUGACUCUCCCGGUGGCGCAGAGAAAGAGAGUGGACUGCACUAUCAAUUGACCGCGCUCCUUCCAGACCCAGAGCUUGAUAUUGCGCGAACCGGCAACUCGGGCCAAUACAUAAGCAUCGACGGUAGACCUCUGUCGGCUGCGAGGGGUCUCGGUCAAGACAUUGCAAGAUUAUUCAAGUCCUAUAUAAAACACGCAGCGAGUCAGCAGCAGGGCCAGUCGAACAUCACCGACCCGUUUCUGUGUCUGCAUAUCCGCUGCCAGGAAGCGACGUAUGAUGUCAACAUUGAGCCUGCGAAGGAUGAUGUCUUGCUCGAAGAGCCGCAAGAGCUGCUUUCCGCGGUGGAAGCCUUGCUUCGCGGCAUUUACAGAGCACAACCCGAACCAGCCGAGCAGCCACGCUCUUUACAAAAAGGAAAGGCGCCAGUCAGAGAGUCGAACGGGUUUGACUUGCUUUUGGCUCGCAAGGACCCGAUCGAGGCUACGCAGCGUACAACAACGAGCAGUCAGCCGCCGAGGUUUGUGACAGCACAUUCGAUGCCGAAGGCUACGCCACCGUCUACCGAUGCAUCCCAUACGUCCGAUGUCAACAACCUAAGGCGGAAGCGUCUGGAAGCGCUGAACCCGUGGUCUUUUACACAGAUGAAUGUAUCCAGCGGCUCUGCCAGGAUCUUGCCACAAACUCAGUCGACCUACGAAGUCAUCGACGACAACGUUGCAGAGAGUCGAAGGGACUCAUUAGGGUCGCGACCGGCUCAUUCACCAAAGUCGCUUCUUCCGAGCCCGUCCGCAUCGAGCACGAGCACGCUGGCCAUCUCUCCGUCACGAGCGCAGAUCUCCCCCAUUAGACUGCAGCCUUCACACAGUCCCCCGGAGCACAACACUCACGAAAGUAUAAAACGUGCAAUGAGGGAGCGCGACAGAGAGCGUUACGGAAAUGGAUCGCUUGACACCUGGUUUGCAAAGACUACGCAAGUGGCAAUGUCGCGAUUGGAGGCCUCAGGGCAGCCGCGCGAGGAAUCAGAGGAGCCUUCUUUGGCGAGAUUAGCAGCCCAGCGAUUCGAAGCAUCUAAUGCAAUCUUCCAGGAACCACAAACCCCAGCCGACGAUGUACCUGACAACCCCACGUCGGCCGCAGCGAUGUCGCAGGUCCUGGACCGCUCCCCAUCAGCAACCGAAGACGCGGAAAUCCAGGGCAAUCACCGCGGACUUCCGGUCCUCGAACGAUGGUCCUCGAGGCUUCAUCAACUGUCCAGAGACAGUCAAAACGAACUUGAGAAAGCACUAGACUUCGAACGCCGGAAGCGCGAUGCUAUACAGGAGCGGCGGAAACAGCUCCAGAGUAGUCACGCCGCGUCUACCCCCCGCUCGCCGCACCUGAACCGAUACCUCAAUGCGCGAGCUGCUCUCACCUCCGAUACAGCAAUCAGCCAUCCUCGGGAUACGGGCGAGCUGGAGCAGACGAACAGACCCGUGCUGUCGCCACAUGAUCCAAGGUCAUAUCUCAUACGCUACCGCGCGCAGAACGCGACCUCGGACGGGACGUCGAAACCCAAACGAAUCAGCACCAACAAACUGCCAUUUGAGAGGAUCCCAGAGGAACAAGCACUAUAUGAUACGCGCGUGACAGUAUGGACUGAUGUUUCGCAGCUGUCGAAACUGGCUAAAGGAUUGAGCCCAGAACCCGUAUUCACGGAUCCCGUGACUGGCUCUGACGCUCCGAGUGUUCUCGCGACCGACUCACCAAUUGAUCUAUGGACCCAGCGUUUAAAUGAAUUGAUACAAGCCAGAUAUAGACAAGCGCGACCGAACGUUCUUCCGCUGCAUUUCAAUUUCUCAUCUCCGUCCCACUGAUCUAAUGCCCGCCAAGCAUACUUAUACAGCAUCACCUAUACCAGCAUUGUCACACAUGCAUAAUUAGCUCAUGUUUCGCAUUUCCUUGCAGCGGGCUGCUUAU